AAAGCUCUGCACGUGAACGAGCACAUCAAGCGGCCCAUGAACGCGUUCAUGGUCUGGUCGCGGGGCCAGCGUCGCAAGAUGGCCCAGGAGAAUCCCAAGAUGCAUAACUCGGAGAUCUCGAAGCGGCUCGGCGCCGAGUGGAAGCUGCUGAGCGAGGGCGAGAAGCGGCCCUUCAUCGACGAGGCAAAGAGACUCAGAGCGCUACACAUGAAGGAGCACCCGGACUACAAGUACCGACCGCGUCGCAAGCCCAAGUCCGUCAUCAAGAAGGAGAACAAGUUCGGCUUCGCGCUGGCCUCGGCCGCCGCCGCAGCUGCGGCUGCCUCCUCCAUGGGCCUGCCCACGGAGCAUCCUCAUCACCCCCAUCAUCACCAUCAUCAUCACCAUCAUCCGCUGAGCCACCUGUCGCGGGGUCUGCUCCCGCCCCUCGUGGGCCAUCAUCAUCCAGCUCCGUCGAGCCUCAAUCUUCACUCGUCCAGCGGCGGCACUACCACCAGCAACGGUAGUAACAACGGCCAUCAUCAUCAUCAGGACGACCUCAAGAUACCUCGUUUCUUUCCGCCCUUCCCGUAUCCGCUCUAUCAGAUCCAGCACAAGAUGGGCGAGGCUGGGACGGAUCUAAGCAGUGGCAGCAGCAGCAGCAGCAAACUCGCCGCGGAUCUGGCCUUCCAGGCGCUCUACGGCAGCCAUCCAGGGGCGGCGGGCAGCUUUUACUCGGCUGCCCUGCACCAUCAGCAGCAACAGCAGCAGCAACAGAUGGCCUCGAGUCUCAGCGGCUGGCCUGGACUGACCGCGACGCCGACUUGUCUGCAGAUGAACUGCGGCUGUCCGAGUCCACCACCGGCGCCCAGCAACAAAGACAAGCGUGCCCUGUCGUCGUCCUCGUCGACCACGGGCCCGAGCCCCGCCAGAGCCGACGACAACGACAACUCGCUGCUGUACAACGAGUCGGCGACGCGGCAACAACAACAACAACAGGCGGCGAUGAUGCACGACGACAAGUCUCAGGAUCGCUGCGGCUACUCGAGCGGUGCCUCGGCCAGCUCGGCCUCGCCCAUCGUCGUCGAGAGGGUCGCCUCGCCGCCGCCACCCCCGAGAAAGCCAACACCACCACCAGCAUCCAAGCCAGCUCCGAGCAGCAAGUCGUCCAACUUCUCCGUGCAGAGCCUGGCGACGAGCUCGCCGCGCUGCCACCAGCAGCAGCAGACUAGUGGCUGGAGCAGCGCCGACUGGUGGCGACAAUUGACCAGUCCGGCGCAGCUGCAGGCCCAGAACCUGUGCACGACCGCGGGUAACGGCGGAGGCGGUGGUGAUCGUGACUCGCCGUCCUCGCCGCCACCGCCGCCGUCGACGACGACGACGACACCAGCAGAAGCUGCGGCCGUUGUAACGAGCAACGCCGCGAGGCUCAUCUUCGACGACGCCAGGAGGUCCGAGUCCAUCGCUGGCGUACAGUAG